UCACGAUCGCAUCGCAUCUCCGUGUCUCCAUUGAAUUACCAGAAAUCGACGAUAGUGCUGUAUUUUAUACUGAAAUGGCUUCGCUAGACAGUGAAACUCCGAUCGAUUCGCUUCCAGAGGAGGUUCUGUGCAUGAUUUUCGACCGACUCAAUCUGAGAAACGUGAAAACUGCGUCGCUUACUUGUCGAAGAUGGCACGAUAUCAUCUUCUCAAGCGCCUACGUAAACAGAUUUAAAUUAGAAAUCCGUUUCGAGUGGUCAACGAUUGCAGAAAAAUGCGCAGAAUGGUCUCCAAGGCAAAUGAAGAAAAUGAUAGAUACCUUAAAACACACUCAACGAUUUCAUAGAAACAUGAGUCUUCGCAUAUCACACACAUUGACGGAUAAUGAUUUUCAGGCAUUUUGGGAAUGUUUUCACCCGAGAGUAACGGAACAUAUCAACUCGCUUCAACUAGACAUAAUGAGCUGCUCCUCGCAAUUGGCGAUCUUGGCAAUCCUCAAUGGGAUAACGCUGAUGCCAAAACUACGAUCGUUAUCAUUUGACAACUGUUCCUCACCUUACUACAACUUACCAAUUCUAAGGAACGCAACUAUAAACCAUCUAAAGAUGCGCGAUCUGUGUGUUUUCCCAUUUGAUAUGCCGGAAUUACAAUCAUUUGAAGGACCAGCGAGCGCACUUGCUCAACCCAAUCAACCGCUGGUGUACAACAAUUUAAAACACAUCACUAUAACGGAGCUUUUAAUGUUUUACAGAACCAUCCCCACCAGAUGGGCACACGUACACAUGCCGGAAAUACAAUCGUUUCAAGGACCGCUGUAUGCACUAGCCCAACUGGAUACCAUCGCUCAACCGAAGGUGUUUGCAAAACUGAAACGCGUCACGUUAACGGAUUGUCUAAUGCGAUUUGAAAACAAAUCGAGCCUCCAUCGAUUGGCCCGUGUAGAGACGCUGCAUCUGUCAAUUGACGCAAUUAAUGAUUGGUUUCUUCCUGCAGUAUGUGAGGCGUGUCCCGCACUUCAGCAUCUGUAUUUUGAUUACCCUUGGCUCGACAUCUAUCCAGCUACAUUAAGACAACUGUCUAAGUUUGUCAAUCUUCGCCACUUAGUAAUUAGCUCCAUCGAAACGAGUUACACCUUGGCUGUUGGAUUUGACUAUGGCUUAUCGCAGCUAACUCAGUUGGAGCUACUAGAUCUAGGAUCUCAUAUUUUGCAGGACCCAAGCUUAAAGCACCUUCCUAAGUCGAUCAGAUCUCUUACCGUGCAUAUCACUUCUGCGAAUGAAGCAAGUGUUAUAGAGACCAUUACCGGCACGUUGACACAGUUGAAGAAGCUGCGUUUGAUAUAUCCCGGACGUCAACCUUUUUCUGCACCAGCAGCAACGUUAAUCGUCGAUAAGCAAACGCUAAAGUUGCUUCAUCUUCUUGCGCAAUUAGAAGUGCUAGUGUUUGAUAAUGUAAAAUUCACGGAGUCGGCUUUCCUUGACAUGGAAGCACCGAUGCAUCAAAUGCGUGAGCUGCUGUUCGUAAGAUGUGACCUGGAUCGUAAUCAUAUUCGCGGAUGCAGGGAAAUGUUUCCCAAUCUGAAGAAGAUUGUGUUUCGAAGGAAGCUACAAACGUACUACUUCAGUAACCAAAUUCAAUAACCUUAACCAAUAAAUACGUA